AAAACCGCUACUGUCAUAUAAGAUUCGGUUCCCCCACAGAAAUUUUUGUUAACAAAAUUUUUUUCAAUAUUAUCUUUACCGCAAUAGACAAAUGAUUGUAUUGUUUAAGUAGUGUUUCUUAGUUAGUAUAUCAUUUUACAAAUCUAAUUAAUUUAACAACAAAAUGAUCCUGUUGGAGAUAAACAAUCGAAGCGUGGAAGAAACCUUAACUUUGAAAUUCAAAAAUGCUUUAGCUGGACAAAAGCCCGAGUCAAUUGACAUCCGUGUCGCUGAUUUCGAUGGCGUUCUAUUCCACAUCUCCAAUGUCAAUGGCGAUAAAACGAAAGUCAGGACGAGCAUAGCGUUAAAGUUUUACAAAGAAUUGCAAGAGCAUGGUGCUGAUGAUUUGAUUAAACGGGUGUACGGAGAUUUGCUCACGGAUACCGAAGAAGGUUUCAAUGUGUCGCUUUUAAUCGACCUGGAAAAUAUACCAGCAAACUGGGAGGAAAUUGUCCACAAAGUUGGCCUACUGAAACGCAACUGCUUUGCAUCAGUAUUCGAAAAGUAUUUCGAUUUUCAGGAGCAGGCCGAUGAAGGACAGAACAGAGCCGUUAUCAAUUAUCGUGAAGAUGAAACACUUUACGUGGAAGCCAAGUCAGAUCGAGUAACUGUUAUAUUUAGCACAAUAUUCCGCGAUGAGGACGACGUGGUCUUAGGUAAAGUUUUUAUGCAAGAAUUGCGAGAAGGACGUCGUGCAUCGCAUACAGCACCGCAAGUUUUGUUCACACACCGGGAACCACCAUUAGAAUUGGCCAAUACGGAUGCGCGGGUCGGCGAUAAUAUCGGCUACGUUACCUUCGUGCUAUUUCCGAGACAUACCAACAAGGACACAAGGGAUAAUACAAUAAAUUUAAUUCACAUGUUCCGGCACUACUUGCACUAUCACAUUAAGUGUUCGAAGGCGUACAUCCAUUCAAGAAUGCGAGCAAAAACCUCCGAUUUCUUGAAAGUACUGAACAGAGCCCGACCCGAACCGAAGGCAACGGAAAAGAAAACAAUCACGGGCCGUGCAUUCUACCGGAAAGAAUGAUAUGAUAUGAUGUAGGUAAGCGUUUUCGUGUAUCCCCCUUCCAAAUGAAAUCCCAAUGUUCGAUGAUGAAUCCACACACACACACACAUAGUGUCAAGACAGUUUUUUCUUGAUGAAAUAAUUGAAACAGAAAAAGUGAAAAGAAUUUUUGGAAAUUUGGAAUUUUAAGUCAAUCGCAACGCAAAACAUAAAACAGAAAUUUUAAACAAACAAAAUGAUAAGACCAACCAGGUCGUGUUUCCAUUGCAAAAUAAAAAUUUAUUUUUUAAAUUCAAAUUGAAGUCUAAUGAUUGCGAGUCGGUGGUGGUGGUGGCUAUGUGUGAUGAUUCUGUUGUUUUAAAAAAAAAAAUAAAAAAAAAAUUGAAAACGAACUUGAAAUUCGGGAACCGAACCGAUUUGAUGAUUCAAUCCUUAUAGAAAUCAUAGAAAUUCUUGUAUAUUUUUGCCACUUCGUCUAACCUUCUAUAACCUAUAAUGAAUAGAAAGAUAAAACGCCAAACUAAAGAAAGAUUCAAUCAAUAUAAUUGUUACAAAAUGAAAAUGAAAACAAAUAGCGAGAGGUAAACUUAACCGGACACUAUAUAAUGUUCAGCGACA